AUGUCCACCGCACCAACCCCCACCCCCCUCCAGGAGCUGGAAGAAGCCGAAAUGGAUCUCCUCCGCAUCCAAGGGGCAAUUCACAAUAAUCCCUUCGUAGAGGCAUAUGUAGAGAAUCACAAGAAGCUCAUUGAAAGGUGCCUAGCCAUCAUUCAUGAAUCCACUAUUGAAGAGCUUCAGUACGACGCGCGGGUAUUUACUUGGGAGAAUGAGGAGCUGAAAAUGAGAAUUGCGGCGUUGAAGAAGAGCGUGAAGAGAAAAUUCCUCAUACCUAGGCACCUCCGAGACGGAAACGUUACGCGUGCCGGAAGCCAAGAUUCACGGGAGUUGAGAGUUAUGACGUGUUUGGCAUUCAAGAUAGAAUCACCGGUUGAAAGCUUGAAUUCGGGGACUGAAGCUGACUCCGAGGCGCACAUUCAAAAUACUAUUGUAAUACACCCCUGGAUAACCUAUCUUGCACCACCCAGCAACUGUUUAAAUUCACACCCGGACCCGUCCUCUCCUCCUCGCAAACCUCGCUCACCACCCGCAUACCUCGCAAAUCUCAAUCCUGAACAACGAAAACCAAUACCCACAAACCAACCAAAACCACAACCAACCAAAACCACAACCAACCACAGCAAUAAACACAGCAUGUCAUCCUCAACAUCCAACACCAUGCCCCCCCGCGACCAGCACCUCAAGGAUCUCACUCUCAAGGAGCUUGAGAAGCGCCACGACGACCUUAUGAAAGGACACAACCGCCUCCUCAAAGCCAUCAACGAAGACUACCCCGAGUUCCAGGGCCAUGUCCGCAAUAAUCUUCCGAUCCGCCCCAUGACGAAGAAGAGGAGUAGGUUGUUGACGCAGAGCAACGCGGUAAAGAAUGAGCUGUUAGCAGUGCAGAUUGAGUUGGAGAAGAGGAGCAACCAUGGUCCGUGA